AUGGAAUAUUUUCAUAGAAGUGUGCAUAGCAGAUCCAUUGAGCUUCUUUUGGAGAAGGUGAUAGCUUUCUCUAGGGCGACAGGCUUGUUUGUGAACUCUUCUAAGUGCAAUGUGUACUAUGGUGGAGUGGAGCAGACUGUGAAGAAUAAUAUUUAUGGUAUCACCUUUUUCCCUAAUGGGAAUCUUCCUUUUAGGUACCUUGGGGUCCCUCUCACAAGCAGGAAGCUUUCUAUAAGCCACUACAUGGGCCUGGUGGAUAGGAUUGUGAAGCGAAUUAAGCAUUGGAGUUUAAAGUUGUUAAGCUAUGCUAGUAGAGUGCAAUUGAUCCAAAGUGUCGCUACUGCCAUGACAUCUUAUUAG